GCAGCCGGAGAGAUUGCCUCCAAACUGGCAUGCACCUCGAACACGGGUGGCUGCUGUGCCGCUUGUGCAGGGCUUCCCCAGAGCCCCCCUGCUGCCGAGGACGUGCUGUCUUGCUGAGACCAAGGUCAGAGCUGCUCUCCUGCCCUGUGCCCACCGCAGCCCCUCCAGCCCUAAGCUCUGUGCAGGGGUUGGGGUGAGCUCAGGGUGCAGAGACCUGGGAUGCACUUUGAGGGUUAAGCCCCGCUAGGCUCCCUGCUGGCUCGGUGUCCUACCGGCUGCCCCAGGCAGGCACCAAAAGUGUUAACAGCAUGCGCCCGCUCGCCUCCAUUUCCUGUGCAGCUUCUCAUUUUCCUUCUGGAGUCAGAGCCCAAACUUUCAGCAGCACCGAUGGCUCGGCUCCGCGCUGCGCUGCUGGCUCGGCUCCUGGUUGGGCAGCUCAGCCUCUUCCUGGCAUGGCUCUGGGGUGCAGAUGCCCAAGUGGGAUGGGACUUCAAACUGCAGCAGCCUGAGAACCGGGUGUGGGUGACCUUGGGGCAGACGCUGACCCUGACCUGCACGGUGACUGGAUCAGGUCCCCCUGGCCCUGUGAAGUGGCUGAAAGGCUGGGGCAGUGGCAAUCAGACUGUGUAUGAUCAGAAAGGCUCCUCACCCCGCGUGACGAGGGCAGUGAAUGAGUCCAACACAGACUUCACCAUCCGCAUCGGGGAUGUCUGUCUUGAGGACGCCGGCACCUAUUACUGUGUGAAGUUUCGCAAAAUGAAGUCUGGUGACGAGUUCUUAAGUCGUGGUCAGGGCACGGAGGUGUCAGUGCAUGAGUCCUCUCCGUUCCCCAGCGUGGAGGUUGCAGGUGCUGUGCUCUGCUUCAUCCUCCUCGUCUUCAUCCUCGCCUUCUGCUUGUACCGCAGGAAGCAGAGGGGAGAGGAGCAGAGGCAGCACAUGGCUGAGGUGACCACAGGCAGCUGCUUGCCUUUCCCUGCCCCGUGCUGUGCAGGGAGCCCUGGGACCCUCAGCAGCGAAGUCCAGGAUGGAGAGAACCCAAAGCUGCCCCGUCAGCAGCGAAGCAGCAAGGUGGACAAGGACAUCCACUACGCUGACCUGGAGCCCCUGCCUGCAGCACAGUGGCCCAGCAGGAGCCCUGGUGCUGAACGCUCCGAGUACGCCAGCCUCAGGAGAGCUGCCAAGUGAGCCGGCCCUGCCACAGCACUGGGGCAGGAAGCAGAGACUUUCUGUGGGGCACCAGAAAGAAGAAGUGGAGCUACUCGCAGCCGGCCAAGCUUGGCACGAGGAUCUCAGAGCCCUCCUUCCUGUCUGUGUGGCCAUGCCAGGAAGGGGCAGGCUCAGCUCAGUUUCGGCAGAGCCUCUCCGGGAGCCAGAAGCCCCCAGGGUGCAGAAUCAGGGCACUGAGCUGAGCUCCUCUGCCUUGUGCAAGCUGUGCUGUGCUGGUGGCUCCAGGAAGACUUCAUGAAUAUCUCCACCAGCGCAGGCCAUCGGAGCUUUCCCAGCUCAGCAGUUCCACGAUUUGUAUCUUCCCAUCACCACACCAAGCUCAUCCUCAUUAAAGCCAGCAAGCAGCCGUGCCACCCGGUCCUGCUGUGUUCAGAGCCAGAACGAUGCUGCAGGUGCUGCAGGGCCCUGGAGACGUGUGGCCACCACAGCCUCGUGCCCUUUCACACCAUGCUGCUGCCAGCUCCGUGCUGAGCCUCCCAGCAGCUCCCACCAAGCAGGGCCGGGAUUAAAUGGAGCUGAACCCCAGCUCUGCCCUGACCCACCUGGAUGUUUGGUGAGGAGCAGGCUGGGCUGCCUGGUCCUGCUGCCCCGGUGCCUGCCACACUCAUCCCCAGCCCACUCCCUCCUUCUCUCAGUCCUUUGUAACCCACAUCCUGUGGCCACACGCUGGGAGGAGGACAGAGCGAGGUGGAGGCAGGGAGCUGUGUCAUGGGCGCUUUUCCUGCAGAGAAAUCAUUGCAGCUGCCUCUGACCUUGAAAGCUGUUUGCACUUAUCAGCUUUCAACUAUUUUAUCUGCUUUUCUGUGAAAUAAAAAAAAAAGAGAAGUGAAA